AUGACAGCAACGUUAGAGAUCUUGGCCAUGAUCCUGGGCUUCAUUGGCCUGUUUGGGACCAUACUGGUCACUGCCCUGCCUAUGUGGAGGGUCUCUGCCUUCAUAGGGGCCAAUCUCAUUGUCAUGGAGGAACUCUGGGAGGGCUUGUGGAUGACCUGCUACAACCAGGAAAACUUCAGGAUGCAGUGCAAGGAGUACGACUCAGUGCUAAUUCUCCCAACAGAGCUGCAGGCAGCCAGGGGGCUCAUGUGCGUCUCCAUAGUCCUGGUCGCCCUCUCCCUGUCCAUCACAGGAUGUGGGUCCCGAAAGUGCAACUGUUGUGGUGAUGACACAAAAAGCAAAAACAUUACCCUGGCUUUAGGCGGCUGUUUGUUCCUCCUUUCUUUUUUGACUACCCUUAUCCCUGUCAGCUUGGUGGGUCAUACUGUCAUCAGAAAAUUUUACAACCCAACAACGCUGGAUUCUCAGAAACGGGAGCUUGGGGACGCUCUCUUCAUUGGCUGGGCCACAUCGGGUAUUCUGCUGAUCACAGGGAUCAUUGUUCUGUUCAGCUACAGCAAACGCAGAUCAAUGGAAGAGGAGUCCUACCCUGAAGCUUAUGCUGUGGCUGCGAGGGAAGGGGAGAAAGAGCAGAGUGUGUAUCUGCAAAGGACACUAUCCAGCUCGUAUAAACAUCAAGUAUACUUGUGAAGAAAUGUACUGUACUGCCUGAAAUGUAAAAAAUUCAACUUAACAUGUAUCAAACAUUUGAAAGAGUGAAAGUGUGCAAAUUCUGUACGAUUGUUUUUUCCACUAGAUCCACAAAACGUUGUUUAAUCAAUGUGACUGUGUAAAUGACAAAUGUACCCUGUGAUGUUAUUGCACUGGAAAUGAUUUCCUCUCCAAGUAAUAGAGACCAAAGUCCUUGACAGUUUUCAAAAAAUAUA